AUGGUGGAAGCGAUCACCAUUUCACCGACCACGUUCUGUCUAAUGGAUCACCAGACCAUCAUCUGCCGGUGGCUUUGGGCUGGGCACCAGGUCAGAGGUCACACGCGACACCAGGUUAUGGACCGACAGAAUUUUACCGACUUCAAUCUCUCCAGCUUUUUUACGGGGAACACCAGCUACGAGGUGCUGACAAAUUCCAGUUACGAUCCGUGCGAAAGCGCCACCAUCUGCCUGAGCCAGCCGUGCAACCCAGGCCACAGCUUGGCCUUCAACCGGGUGUUCAUCCCCACCUUCUACGUCGCCAUCUUCCUGGUGGGCCUACUAGGCAAUGGGCUGGUGAUGAUGGUCUUGGCCAGGAACGUGAAGCGUCUAGCGGUGACAGAGAUUUACGUCCUUCACCUCGCUGCGGCUGACCUUCUGCUAGUGGGGGGGUUGCCAUUUUGGGCGGUGGAAGCGGCCAGCGAGUGGGUUUUCGGGGACAUGUUCUGCAAGGUCCUGGGGGCCCUGUACAACAUCAGCUUCUACGGCAGCAUCUACCUUCUCGGCUGCAUCAGCUUUGACCGUUACCUCUCCAUCGUCCACGCCGUCCAGCUUUACAAGAGGAGGAGGCCCUGGAGGGUCUAUGUUAGUUGCUUGGCUGUGUGGUUCUUCUGCCUACUGCUAGCCAUCCCAGACUUGCUGUUCUUGCACUCCAUGGAUGGCAACGGCACCCACAAGUGUGCCCACAAUUACGGGGCAAGUGAGUCCAAGGGGUGGAUCGUGGGCCUACGCUUCUUCUACCACAUCACCGGCUUCCUCCUACCUCUGGGGGUCAUGAGUUACAGCUAUCUGAACAUCGGCGUGACCCUCAUGCAAUCACACAAUGCGCAGCGGCAAAAGGAGAGGCGCGCCAUCAAGGUCAUCGCCACCGUGGUCAUCGUCUUCUUCCUGUGCUGGACCCCAUACAACGUGAUGAUGUUCCUGGAGACCCUGCACCGGCUCGGCGCCAUCGGCCGGGAUUGCAACUUCGAGGAGCGGAUGGACACCGGCUACUCCCUGACGGCCUGCCUGGGCAACCUACACUGCUGCCUCAACCCCUUCCUGUAUGCCUUCGCAGGUGCCAAGUUCCGCAUGAGGAUGUACGAGUGUCUGGAGGACAUAGGCUGCAUUGCCAGGCGGAGGUGGGCCACCGUUACGACAAGCCGGCGGCAGCGGCACUCCAUCAUCACCAUCUCGGAAUCCGGAGACACUUCGUACUCUGGCUUCUGA